AUGUCACAAAAUGUGACUACACCACCUGCCGAUCUGGUACCGAUGCCUAUGGUGAUUGCUACAUUGGCCCUUUCCGUGGUCGGUGUACUUGGUAAUGGAAUGGUGAUUUUGGCCACAAUCAUGUCACGAUCAUUGAGAAAUCGUUGCAAUGUUUUGAUCUGUAUACUUGCCAUCUCUGAUUUCUUCAUUUGUAUCUAUUUGGUGAGUGACUUUCUACCUUCAAUGAACAAAUUGUAUGCACACCUGAAUAAUCCUACCCAGACAGGGUACCUCGAAAUUCUGUGCCUUAAAAUGAUGCCAAUGAAAAUUUUGCACAUUUGCAGGUAUUCUCGGUUACCGAAGAAAAUCUAUGUCUCACUGAUGGUGCUGAUAUUGUUAUUCGCUGCAUUUAUGACAUUAUACGGUUAUGUUGAUGCAACAGAUCAGCCAGUACCUGUAUGUCUUCCACCAACUGCUUACAAUGGGCGAUCAAGAUUUGUCUGGGUUGGCUCCAACUUUGUUAUCAGUCUCAUGGUGAUUUCCGUAUAUGGUGCAGCUCAUGCUAAGUGCCGUAAACUGAAUGCUGUGUCAAACCACCAGCAAAGCGUUGACCGAAUACGACGUCUUUUGAAUUCUUUAUCCAUUGUUAUGGGUGUAUAUAUAUCGUGUUGGUUUGUCACCAUUGUUGGCUUGAUUGUCACGCUGGUCUUUCCACUUCCUACAGCGGUAGUGAAAGAAAUCAAUCAACAACUCGGUUGGCUGGUCAUUAUCAAUGCGUCUACAAACUUCUUCAUUUACCUAUGGAGAGCACCUGAAUACAGGUACAAUAAUGAUUUUUUCCCUCUUUUUCAACUGAUUUUCGUCAAGUCGAUUGAAAAUACCAACAAUAUACCAAUGCUUUAG